GCUACGUGUGGAUGUAUUGUUUUAUUUUUAAAUAAUAUCUCAUAUUUUGUUCGGUCGCGGCUGGAACUGGGACGCUCGACCUGGUGUAAACAUUUUAAUAAAUAAACGCUAAAAAAAUCUGCAACAACCAGUAAUUUCUUCAGUAUACACUGAAACAGAAAGGUCAAAAGAGAAGGACAUACAGAUGAUGAAUAUCAGAGUGGACGUAGUGUAGUUGACGAGCUCACUAACUCUGCUGUCUUGAAAAUGAACUGAAAGCAACUAUUACUACUGUAUGACAUUUAUUUAAGCCUUUGACGCAUCGAAUAAAAUAUUCCUGUGAAAUGUUUCGUCAUUUAUUCUGUCUCAUUGUUCUGAUCGCCGUUCACACUAACAAAGCGGCAGAGAUCAGGAUCGAUCCGGAUAUUUUUGGUUUUCAAAGCGCCAUAUACGAAACUAACUUUGUGUUCCCUGGUACAAUGUGGUGUGGUGCAGGACAUGUGGCAGAGAGUUACGAGGAUUUGGGUUCGGAGUGGGAGACCGACAUGUGCUGUCGGGAGCACGACCACUGCACUGACCUCAUACCCGCCGGGGAGACCAAGCACAGUCUCACCAAUGACGGCUUCUAUGCCAGAUUAAGCUGUGAAUGUGAUGAAAAGUUUCGGCUAUGUCUUAAAAAUGCUAAUACGGAUAUAUCGCAUACAGUUGGCAUGACGUACUUCGAUACUAUUGGAACGAAGUGUUACAGAAAGGACUACCCGGUCGUAGGUUGCCAGAUGUACGGAGGCAUGUUCAUGCCAAUUUGUUUGGAGUACGAAUUCGAUAAGAAGAGCGAACAGAUCUACCAGUGGUUCGACGUCAAAGGGUACUCUGAGUGAACAUGAAUCUACUGAAAUCACUUCCAGGAAGUGCAGGAUUUUUUCUCUUAUUCUUUUCUCUUAUAUCCGUUAUAGACUAGUCAACAAGUGCCAUUUGCACCAACUUUUUUCAGCAGUCUCCGAAAACUAUAAAUGAGGGGUCAUUCGAUUCGGAAUGGCAUUUAGAUGAUUUUUGAAAAAAAUUAAGUUCCGCUUGCAAAAAAAGUUGGUCCAAAUGGCACUUGUUGACUAGUCUAUUAAGAAAAAAUAAUAAAUUAUAACUCAAUAUUAUUUUAUGUAUUGUAUAAUAAAUAUAUAAAUAAUUAAUAAGAACUUAUUUUAUGUAGAAUCGAUUGUGUUAUUUUUUAAAAAAGAAUUGAGUAAUUUUUUAAUAUUUGUUUGAUUAACGAGGAAAAAAGGAUGUUAACAAUUAAUUGAGAUUAUCAUGAGAAUUUAAAUAAUUUAAUUAUACUCUGAAGAUAGAUGAAUAAAAUGAAAAUCUAAGUAUACAAAAUGUGAUUUAAUUUAACAUACAUACAUAUAAACUAUACGUAAGUGAAGAAGUUUAAAACGAAAAAGUAGUUUAAAUUAAAAUCGCUGGGACGAAAUGUCACCUUGGCAAACUUAAGGUCAUUAACAUUCGAUGUUUAUAUUUAUUGCUUGCUCAUUUGUGUUAGCUGUGUGAAGUUUAUAUUAUCAUUAUUGUAAGUUACGUUAGUUAGUUCAAUCAAUCUGAUUUAAUUGAGGUGGUGGGUGAGUCAGAAUUUAUAUACUACGUUAUACAAUUAGCUUGAUUCUAGAACAUUAGCCAUUGCCGCUUGUAGAAUAGAGGCAUUUUUUUUAAGGGAUUUUAUGACCUGGUAACUGAGACCUUUAAGUCAUGUCUUAUUUUAAUUUAUAUUCAUAUUUUCAAGGUCAAGGGACAAGGUCCCAUAGACUAGAAUGCCACCCAUCAUGAUAUUUAAGGCCCGAAGUCAAAGCUUUAAGUGUUCAUUAAGUUGCUAAUAAUGAUAUGUAUUUUGUAGACUUUUUCAUUAAAUUUGCAUUCCUGAGCCUAAAAUGUCGUGUGAAUUUCUCGAAUAAAACGUAGGAAAGUUUUAAUAAAUUUCAUUUAUUUC